AUGCCGCCGGCCGGCGGUCCCCGCGCGCCGCGCCCCGCCGCGCUGCCCCGCAGCCUGUCCCGCCUGCGCGAGUGCCCGGGCCGCUCCCGCAUCGUGCUGGCGCUCGGGGCCACGCAGAUGGCGCUCGGAUGCCUCAUCGUGGCCGUCAGCUUCGCCGCGCUGGCGCUCACCACCUCGGCCCGCGUCCGCCACUCCUGCCCCUUCUGGGCCGGCUUCUCGGUGCUGCUGUCGGGACUCAUUGGCGUCGUCUCCUGGAAGAGGCCCCUGUCCCUCGUGAUUACCUUUUUCAUGCUGCUCUCUGCAGUAUGUGUAAUGCUGAAUUUGGCUGGUUCAAUUCUCUCCUGUCAGAACGCUCAGCUAGUCAACUCCCUAGAAGGCUGUCAGUUGAUUAAGUUCGACAGCGUCGAGGUGUGUGUCUGCUGUGAGAUGCAGCAUCAGUCGUCGGGCUGCAGCAACCUCGGAGAGACACUGAAGCUGAACCCGCUGAGGGAGGACUGCAACACCGUGCGGCUGACCUUGAAGGAACUGCUCUUCAGCGUGUGUGCCCUCAACGUCCUGUCCACCAUCGUGUGUGCGCUGGCCACAGCCAUGUGCUGCAUGCAGAUGGUCUCCGCUGACGUCCUGCAGAUGUUCCUUCCACAAAGGGCGCCUUCCGUCAGCCCGGCCUGCAUGACCCCGCACGGCACUGUCCUCCACCAGACCCUGGAUUUCGAUGAGUUUGUGCCCCCGCUGCCCCCGCCGCCCUAUUACCCCCCGGAGUACACCUGCACGCCCACCACUGAGGCCCACAGGGGCCUCCACCUGGACUUUGCUUCCUCCCCAUUCGGCACUUUGUACCGCGUCACCAUCAACAGCCCCGGCCUGCUCUACCCCGCCGAGCUCCCGCCGCCCUACGAGGCCGUGGUGGGCCCGACCCCCGCCAGCCAGAUUCCAAGUGGGGACCCGCAAGUGACCGAGCCCGGCUCCGGGGACCCAGACGCCACCGCGGGCUUCAGCACACAAGCGCCGGCCGACAGCUCCAGCCUGCUGGUCCCCGAGGGCACUGCCAUGCCGGGCCUGAGCCGCCCACCCUCCGAUGGCCCCACGGGCACCCUGCUGCCCGCUCCGCACCCACGCCGCACAUCCCCUGAGGGCCCCCACCAGGGCACGCGGGCACAGCCAGGUCCCAGGCGCGUGGCCCGCUCCGCCAGCGACCCCACCUCGUGCGCAUCCAGGGCGGCAGGCGAUGCCUCGCCACACACCCCAUCCUGCAGCCAGGAUCUUGAAGCAGGACUGUCCCGGGCUGCACGGGAAACUGCUUCCUUGUCUCACUCUGUCAUGGUUGCCUGUGCCUGUCGGCCCCAGCUUUCACCCCCCAGGGAACCAGAUGCCUGGAAAACGGACCAGCGGUUAAAGCCAGAGGCCUUACAGUCAGUCUCCAAAGAGCGGCCGCACUCCUUAGUGGACAGCAAGGCCUACGCGGACGCCAGGGUUUUGGUGGCUAAGUUCUUGGAACACUCGAGCUGCUCCCUUCCCGUGGAGGUGAGGCACGUGGUGGGCUCCGCUCGCUCAGCCAUCCCCUCCGAGGAGUGCCACGUGGAGGAGGCCGUCCUCAGCGCCCGUGUCCUGGACCAGCUGUGAAAGCACCUCCAUCUGGAUGUGAACAUGGACAGACCUGGUGCCAGAGUCCCUGCCGGGGACACCGGGCCUGUGGGGAGAGGCUGCUGCCUGGGUGGCUCAAGCGGCAGAGGCCGUCGGCUGUUUUCUGGGGGCUGACACUUCCUACCUGUCCCAGUGAUACAGUGGAUGACUCGCUCGUGUCCAUCGUGAAUUCUUCCCUGUUGUCAGGCAGGUGGCACCUUGAACUAGCCAUAUGACAGCGAUCCAGUGGCAGGGGACACGCAUGUAGCUAAAGAAACUGAAGUAUCUUCACAAUCGGGGCCAUGGAAGAGCAAGAUUCUCCUGCACCCCAGUCCCCACCCCCGGAUUUAGUUUAGUGUUUAAAGGGGUAGAGGAGUCCAUCAGGCAACGAGCCCAUUUCCCCUUGAGGUUUGAAUCAAUGAUCAACCCUUUCUCAGAGGCUGAUUUUUAAGAAAAUAAGUCAUUCUAGCCCAGAUGGCAGCAGGGGUCCAGCCUUAUGCCCUCAGGGCAACAGGGCCACCCUGUGAACAAACAUACGAUGAGGGACUCCCCAGGGGGGCCCGGCCACCCUGUGGCAAGGGGCUUUGAGGGACAAAGCCCCCCACCCCACCCCGGCACCUUGUCUCACGGGCAACCCCUCCCUGCCUCUCCCCUCCCCAGAGCAUUUUCCCAGCUUCCUCUUUGGCUGUCUCUCCACUGUCUCUUUAACCGGCUCAGCACGGAGCACUUUGAGUGGUUAUUUGCCCCAUAACAAUAAGCCCCCAUGGCGAGCCCCUGGGGUUCUCCCACAUCUGCCCUCGCCAGACUGGCCUCAAGGGAUCUCUGAUGACCCAGAGCAGCCCCUUCCCCAGCCGGGCGGCAGCAGCCACAUCUGCUUUGGAAGAUGCCGCCUGUCAACCGCUUCUUUCCGUGAACCACCCCCACCUCGAGCUGGGUGCGCAGAAGCCUCCUCGGCCACAGCAGCUUGGGCGCCCUGGACCUUCUUGGCCCCCAGGGCCGCCCUGUUCUGGCGACCUCAGCAGCAGCUGCUUCCCAACCAGGGUCCUGGAGCAGCGCUGUCCUCAAGGACUUUCUGCAGCCACGGGGAUACCUGUGCCAUCCUGGACUGUGGCAGGCGGCUCCUACGUGGGACAAGGCAGCUGGAGACCACAGUUCUCAACCAAGAGCCCACGGCCCAACACAGGGAGUGCCGGGGGCGGGCUGGGAGGGUGCCCAGCGCUGCCGGGUGUCCAGCAGCCCAGGGCUGCGCCGCCCCCCGUAGCCAGCGUGCUGGGGUGUGUGGGGGGAGCAGGGACGGGGCUCGCGGGGGUGUUUCCAGCCCAGACACCCCGAGGAGCCCCUCGACACCAAGGUAGGUAGCCC